AUGUCAUUCACUCCUUUGAUAUCGAGGCCUACGACGAGACUAUUAGUCAAUCGAUCAAUCAUUCGCAAAAACCCACUCAUGUCCAGAGCUACUCGUGCUUCCUCAUCUCGAUUACUCUCCACAUCCACUCCCAGGCCUUCCAGUUCCGGCUCUGGCUCUAAAUCCGGCUCUGCUUCUGGCUCUGGUUCAAGAUCAGAUUCAGGAUCGAACUCCAAUUCAAAACGACGAUAUCUUCCUUAUGCUUUAGCUAUUCCAGCAAGUUUACUUUUAAUCCCUACGCUUUCAGCCGAUUCUUCUUCUUCUUCUUCUUCUUCGGGAGUAGUAGAAGGGCAAGGUGAUUCAUCUGCAGUACCACUAUCAUCUCUUGAAUCAGCGUCAAUAUCAUCACUCAUUCGAACAUAUUUAGUUUACACUUUGAUAUGUACACCUGGGAUGGUGGAUUAUUCACCACAAUUACUUCACGCGUUCACUCAUUCACCCAUACCAGGAUUAAAAUAUAUCACAGAAGCUAUAAUCCGAUCAACCUUUUUCGGUCAAUUCGUACCUGGUGAAAACGUUCAAGAAUGUUUACCUACGAUAAAAGAAUUACAACAAAGAGGUGUAGCAUCAAUGUUAAAUUAUUCAGCUGAAGCUGAUUUAUCUACAAUUCAAAUCCCACAAAGUGCAUCAAACGAAAAUGGGAAUAACAGCAAAAACGUAGCUGAACAACUAGAGGAAAUAGCAAGGAAUGAUAGAUUACAAGAAGUUUUCAAUGCUUUGAAAUCUGCAGGUGAAUUCGAAAAAAGUUUACCGGAAAAUGCAAAAGGUGCGACUAGUUUCGCAUUAAAAGUUACCGGUCUCAUCGAUCCUCCUAUCUUGACCAGAGCUUCGACAACUCUUCUCCGAGUUAGACCAUUGGCAGCUUCCACUUCUCCCAUGUCUUCCAACUCACCUCUUGCAGUACCUUAUCCCGGAACACCUCAAUCUUCUGACGUUCGAAUAUUAGCGAGAGAACCUUCGAUGGGAGAAGGAAAAGAGCUCUUAUCAUUGAAUGGAGUAUUGGGAUCGAUGGGAGUCAAAGAUACCGAUGAGGGAUUGAGAAAGGGUGAUUUGGAGGAAUUAUCCAAUUUGUGGGGAAAAUUGAAGAAAAUAGGUCAAGUCGCAAAAGACAAUGGUAUUCCUCUCCUUGUUGACGCCGAGUAUACUUGGAUGCAACCUGCUCUUGAUGCUUAUACCCUUCUUCUCUCGAACGAGUUCAAUAGACCGCCCGCUGUCGGCUCACCAGAGCAUGGAUCUUGGAAAGGCCCUUUGAUCUAUGGUACAUACCAAUCUUACCUCACCCGACAACCUACUCAUCUUGCCGCGGCAUUGAACCACGCUCAAGAACACGGUUAUGCCCUUGGAAUCAAGUUGGUCCGAGGAGCAUACUUCGACAAGGAACGGAAAAAGUGGAAAAAGGAAAGUAGGGAAGGAGCUGAUCCCAUCUGGCCCGAUAAACCGGCCACAGAUUUAUCAUACAACGGCUCCAUCACUACUAUCAUUUCGACACUAUCCUCUCAACUCGCAUCUUCCAAACCAGAAGGCGCACUUUCAGUGAUAUUCGGUACUCAUAAUCCUGGUUCAUGCGAUUUGAUCUGUGACGGAUUGAAAGAAGCUGGUUUAGCAACUGAACUUGAAGAUGGAAGAUUACAAUUGAGAGAUGACGUGAAAGGUAAAAUUGGUGUGGCCCAAUUGUAUGGUAUGAAAGAUGAUCUUACGGAUAGAAUGGCUUCGAAAUUCGUAUUUGAUGGUAGACCCGUGGCUAUCAAAUAUAUCGCUUAUGGGAAAUUAGCCGAAGUCAUGCCUUUCUUAGGUAGAAGAGCCAUUGAGAAUAAAUCCCUGAUGAGUGGUGAUGAAGGCGCUGCGGCGGAACGCAAGAGAGUAGGAAGUGAAAUCUGGAGAAGAAUGUUUGGGUAA